CAUGCUCUUCAGCACCUGACAGGCAGAGUUUGACAGUGUAGUAGUCCACCGGGUAGAGUGAUAUGGAAGUCAUGUUUAUGGUUAGGUCUGGGCGAUAUACUCGCUUAAAUGUGUAUUUACUAAUACUGAGUAUCCUCCAGGUUGGCCUGCACACAGUGGAGGGAGUAUGGCCAUUACCGCAGGCUUUCACCUCCUCAACGGAGCGGUACCCGCUGAGCCCACAGGCUUUCUACUUUGGUUACGGAAGACAAUCAGCCGCACAGCAGGGUUGUUCUGUUCUGGAUGCUGCAUUUAGGAGAUAUUUUUCUCUUAUUUUUCCAGACUACACUGAUGGACGUCUGCAUUUCAAUCAGGAUAAACCAUUUACUGUUGAGGUCAGUAUUGACCACGAUGAUUGUGAGGGUUACCCAAAUGAGGACUCUUCGGAGAGAUACAAUCUGGGUGUCUCUGCAGGACAAGCAUCUCUGAAGGCAGAAACCGUGUGGGGUGCUUUAAGAGGUCUGGAAACCUUCAGUCAGCUGGUCUAUCAAAAUGAUUUUGGCUCUUAUUUUAUCAACAAGACUGAGAUUGAAGACUUCCCCCGGUUUCAGUUCAGAGGGAUUUUGUUGGACACGUCACGUCAUUAUUUACCCGUGCAGGCCAUUUUAAAAACUCUGGAUGCAAUGGCCUACAGUAAGUUCAAUGUGUUUCACUGGCACAUUGUUGAUGACCCCUCCUUCCCUUAUCAGAGCAGCAGCUUUCCAGAUCUUUCCAGUAAGGGGGCUUUCCAUCCGAUGACUCACAUCUACACACAGUCCGAUGUAAGAAGGGUGAUCUCACAUGCCAGGCUGUGGGGAAUUAGAGUCCUUCCUGAGUUUGAUUCACCCGGCCACACCAAAUCUUGGGGAAAAGGGCAACCAGGCCUGUUGACUCCCUGCUACAAAGGGGGCACCCCUUCAGGUACUUUUGGUCCUGUUAAUCCAGCUUUGCGCUCCACCUACCAGUUUAUGGCGAGACUGUUUAAGGAAGUGUCAUCAGUGUUUCCUGAUUCUUACAUCCACUUAGGAGGAGAUGAGGUUGACUUUACCUGCUGGAAAUCCAACCCUGAUGUCCGAGCAUUCAUGCAGAAGAUGGGAUUUGGAUCAGACUUCACCAAACUGGAAGCAUUCUACAUGGAGAACAUUGUGAAUAUCACAUCAGCUCUCAACAAGACCUCUAUCGUGUGGCAAGAUGUGUUUGACUACCAUGAACGAAUUCCUAAGGACACAGUGCUGCAUAUCUGGAAGGGCACCCCAGCUAAGUAUCGGGAAGAGCUCGGCAGGAUCACCAAAGCUGGCAUGAGGGUCCUGCUGGCCGCCCCGUGGUACAUCAACCACAUUUCCUAUGGCCAGGACUGGCGCAACUACUACACUGUGCAGCCACAGAACUUUUCUGGUACUGAGGAACAGAAGAAGCUGGUGAUAGGGGGUGAGGUCUGCAUGUGGGGAGAAUAUGUUGAUGCCACCAAUCUCUCUCCACGUCUUUGGCCAAGGGCAAGCGCUGCAGCAGAGAGACUGUGGAGUGAUGAGAAGCAGACCUCCAAUGUGGACAAGGCGUUUCCUCGUUUGCAGGACUUUCGCUGCAAGCUCCUGAGGCGUGGCAUCCGAGCAGAGCCUCUGUAUGUUGGACACUGCAAACAUGAGUACCAAGGUGUUUGAUGAUGUUGGAUGGAUUAACAUUGCAAGAUUUUUUUCUGGAGAAUAUUUUAACUAACUAAGUUCAUAGUUGCCUUCUUAGCUGAUUUUGGAUCUUGCGUGGGACAUUUAAAGUGGAGCAAAAUCUUUAAAAAAUAUUUUGUUUCUCCAGCCUGAAAGGUUAUAUAAAAUUCACUUGCCACGAGAUGUCGCAGUAGAGCACCAGCAUCUCUAUGCAAAACAAUGGUCAGACUCCUUUGACAGAACCACAGAUUUUGCCUUGCAGAUAAUCGUAAAACACACUGGACAGCCACCAAAACUGUCUUUCAACAGUCUUUCAGCGCUGGAUUGAAUGAAAUAAAGCCUAAAUUAGUUAGAUGAAAAAACAAACGAGCUGCUAUGGCUGCCAUGUAAUGUUGGCGCAUCCUUGGGGACAAAUUUGCCUGUCUAGUCGUAAUAGAUUUAAUGCCGUCUCCUUUUUAUCUCUGCGUAUACAACACACCAUAGAAACAGUUUUGUACUCAAAUACAUUAAAUAUUAAGUGGUUUCAGGGGACUUUUACUCAUAUUACUUUAGAUGUUGCCAUACCUGUGUCUGCACCUCAGAUUGUUUUUCCAAGUGUCUGACACCAACAUGGAAAGGAUCCUUGAAGAGAAAGAUCUUUUGUUUAACCAUAAGCAGCCGUAAUAUCCCUAUCACUCACGACCAGACUCCAUAGACAAAUACAGUAAUUUUACCUUGCAUAAUAUCACCUUAACAUCAUAAUUAUAUUCAAAGUGGAUAGAAACACUUAAAGUCUUUCCACUGUUCCAACAAUCACCAGCUGUGUUUUGUAGAUGAGAAAUGUAGAUGAGAAAAACAGCCGUUUCAACUCUCCUCAGUUGUACACAGAGGGACUCAACACGCAGUACCAUGCACGCACAGCUAGACCGGAUUUGUAAACAAAGCACAGAUGGGCUGGGAUAGGAACACAGGCAAAGUGAGUGUGAGUGUGUGUUCUCUGCUCAGGAUACCAUGACUCCACUAUGUACAUUAUACUUUCUCAGGGAGUUAUCUCAUUACCUAUAUGCUGCACUAUAAUGCCAUGUUGAUGCAAGUUAAAUGCAAAAUAUAGAUGUAGAUUUUCAAUUUAAAUCUUAACUCUAUAUAUAUACCAGUAGCUAGUAGUCUUGCCUUGAAAUGUAAUAAAAUAAUGUUGUUGUGCA